AUGGAGGGCAAGGCUGUGCUGUUCAAGAAGUUUGCUGACCUGGACGCCUUUGACAUCGAGGUCGCGGAGGAGGACCCCAAGAAGCUGGUGGACAUUGUGGUGGCGCUUGAGCCUACGUUUGGUGGCAUCAACCUGGAGGACAUCAAGAGCCCAGAGUGCUUCUACGUCGAGAGGGAGUGCCAGCGGCGCAUGGCCAUACCCGUGUUCCACGACGACCAGCACGGCACCGCCAUCGUCGCCGGCGCAGGCCUCAUCAACGCGAUGGAGCUGGUGGGCAAGGACAUGGCGGACGUGAGGGUCACGGUCUGUGGCUGCGGGGCCGCGGGCUACUCCUGCGCCAAGCAGUUCCUGGCGCUGGGCAUACGCAGGGACAACCUGCUGGCUGUGGACGUAAAGGGCGUGGUGUACGCGGGGCGUGAGGACAUCACCCCCGACAACUACCUGUAUGACGUGGCGGCCAACACAGACAAGCGCACGCUGCAGGAGGCCGUGGAGGGUGCGGACGUGUUCCUGGGCCUGAGUGCGGGCAACCUGCUGACCCCCGAGAUGCUGCUGACCAUGGCGCGGGACCCCGUGGUCUUCGCCUGCGCCAACCCUGUGCCGGAGAUCGACCCCGACCUGGCCGUGGCGACGCGCGCUGACGUCAUCGUGGCCACGGGGCGCAGCGACUUCCCGAACCAGAUCAACAAUGGUGUGUGUGCACGUGUGCGCGCGUGUGUGUGUGUGUGUGUGUGCGCGCGCACACGCACUUGUGAGUGUGCAAGUUGA